UGGGCAGGAAGAGUACGUCACGAGCCGUCAUAGAGGGAAGACACGCUUGGUUGAGACGUGCUCAGAUCUCUCUAGAAAGAUCUAGAGAGCUCUUACCAGUAGAUUUAAGCUUCGCUUCGAUUCUGCAGACAGUCUGAGAAGCCAUCCAACUUCAGUGGAGUGCCCAGAAGCAAGAACGGGCCGGAUUAGAGAGUCAAGAGCUCUAUCAAGAGUCUGCAGUAGAGGUAACGUUGGGCUGGUGACGUCUGGGACGCCCAGAGGACCAGUAUUCCACAUCAAGUGAAAAGCUAUGGCCGGGCCAAGUCUACUGGCAGUGAGGCGAGGGGAAGCUGUGCUGGACUGUGAGGUGUCGACAGUGCCAGUGAGAGUGAGGACGACGACGGAGGUAUCUGUUUCCAGUACCCCGGAGAAUAGGAGGAUUAAGGCAAUACCUAUUGAGUGUCAGUACGGUGAAGACGCGUUACCACGAGGACAACAUAAGGAAACUGUGUGUGUGGGACCUGUUCAUCAGAAGACCAGGAGGCAGGACCAGGAACCUCAACAUCCCUCAACAGAGGACGAGUCAACUUCGUGGUUGGAGUGAAAUAAGGUGUACUACAAGCACGGUGGUGCCACCUUCUGUGGAUUGUACGAACUGCUACAUCCUGUCAUGAUGAUUGGCGACCCAGACCUUCUCAAACACGUCUUUGUUAAAGACUUUGAUCAUUUUGUUGACCGUCGUGUAGCUGUGUCAGGAGAUGAAACCAUUAUGAAUGAGAAGCUGAGCAAUAAGACCGGAGACGAGUGGAAGUCUCUUCGGUCACUCAUGUCCCCCAUUUUCACAUCGGGCAAGAUGCGCAGUAUGUUUCCUCUCAUCUGUAACAAGGCUGAUUCUCUCGUUUCCGUUUCUCUUAAGGAAUCUGCUCAGAAGCCUUUUAUUGAUAUGAAGCAUAACUUUGGGUGCUACACAAUAGACACUAUUGCUUCCUGUGCCUUUGGCAUUGAAUCUAAUUCUCUUGGGGAUGAGGAAUCAGAAUUUGCUAAGGUUGCAGAAUCCUUUUUUAAUUUUUCAUUUUUAACGAUUUUAAAAUUUACUGUAUUAGCCCUUUUGCCAAGUCUCUAUAACGCACUGAGGCUUAACACAGACACUUACCAAAUUAAAUUCUUUCAAAGUGUGGUAGAAAAGACCUUAGCAGCCAGGAAGGCAGGUCCCCAUCACCGCAGGGGAGACUUCCUCGACCUUCUCCUGGAAGCGCAAGCUGACCAUCUAUCCGCCACCCACAGUCAUUCCACCACAAACAAAAGCAACUUCUCUGCUACUGACAACCACAAUGGUCUCACUGCUACUGGCAAUCACAAUGGUCUCACCGCUACUGACAACCACAAUGGUCUCACUGCUACUGGCAACCACAAUGGUCUCACUGCCACUGACAACCAGCAUUUCAUCACCAAAUCUAAACAAGUGUUGUCAGACAGAAUGAUAGUGGCUCAGAGUGUGAUGUUCCUGAUAGCUGGUUAUGACACAACAGCCUCCACGUUGGCCUUCUCAUCCUACUUACUGGCCAAGAACCCUACCCACCAGCAGCGUCUCCGCCAGGAGGUUCAGGACAUAGUUAAUGAGCACGGUGAUAUUACCUACCAGGGUAUCAUGGAAGCCAAAUAUCUCGAUGCUUGUCUCCAGGAGACUCUGAGGUUGUACCCACCCUCCACCUUCGCUGAACGGCUCUGCACCAAGAAUUACAAGAUCCCUGGCACUGAGCUGAUCCUGCAUGAAGGUGACCUAGUGAUUGUGCCCAUAUGGAGCCUGCAGCAUGACCCUCGGUACUGGCAACAGCCUGAAGAGUUCCAACCAGACCGCUUUUUGCCAGAGAACAAGACCCACAUCAAGAGUUUUACUCACAUGCCUUUUGGGAUGGGACCCAGGAGGUGCAUAGCAAUGCGGUUUGCUCUUAUGGAAGCCAAGGUGGCCCUGGCCAAGCUGGUGCUAGCAGCAGACUUGCAGCUCUCACCUAGCCACAAGGAGCUGAAGAUUUCCUCAUCUCCCUUCAUCCUGAGGCCAGAAGGAGGAGUCAACCUUGUCCUGAAGCCAAUCACUGAAGCAGCACACAGCUAAACACCAAACUACCCACCCAACCCACCACUCACUUCAUAUUUCUUAACCAUUGGAGAUAAAGCUGGUUCAGAAUCUUUUGAUAUUUUUUCACAUUAAUUUGUAUAAUUAUGUACGGUAUAAGUGUUGUUAGGCUGACAAAGUUUACAAUUGGUCAGGUCUACAUAAACAGGUGAUACAUACGGUAUAACCAUUUAAGCCUAAAACUAAUAGUAUAAUUAUGUUUAUAAAUUUGCUAAUCUUAUUGGAUGACACCUAUAUACGAGGUCCUUUCUGUAUGGUAGUCGUAUGAUAGUGUAGCAUCUCUCAGGAUACAACUGCUUUCCCAGGAGCAAAACAAGCGACCGUGUUCGUCUUUCAACAACACUAAAUCAGACUAAUGUGACGAGGUCAGCAAUUGAUUGGUGCAUUGACAGCCAAUCAUGGACUGCUGCACCACUGAAGACUAUGCAUUAAUCCUGGCCACUAGUUUAUAAGGCACGGGGUUCACAAGUGAUAUACACACACACACACACACACACACACACACACACACACACACACACACAC